AUGAAGAAGAAACCGGUGCCCCUGGCUUGGAGUGUGACCUUCCGUCCCUUCCAAGGGCGCUUCUUACCGCCUUCAGCCUGGGCUUCUCCUUCCGCGUCUCUGCAGCUCCGGCCGAAGCGUCCUCUCUCGGAUGCGGCCCGGGCGGAAAUGAAGCGAGCAUGCGCAAAUGGAGCCGUGCGAGAAGAGCAUGCGCAGACGGACUCCAAGACUGGCGAGCGUGCGCAGAGGGGGGAAAGAGCAGCCUUGCUUCCCCCCCCCCCCCCCUAUUCUGCGUCUCCGGGUUUGGCCUGGCCCCGCCCCCUCCCCUCCCCUCCCCUCCCCUCCCCUCCGCUGGCUAUAAAAGCGCGUCCCUGUCCAAGGUGCCGCAGUCCGUGCGGCGCCGCCAUGAUGCUGAGCUGGGCCUGGUCGGGAGGCCCCCCGUGGCUGGUGUCUUCGCCUCCGGCCUCGUCGUCCUCCUCGUCGGGGGUCUCGAUGUCGGAGGAGGAGGCGCUGAGCUCGCUGAACGCGCGCCUGGCCGGCUUCCUGGAGCGCGUGCGGGCCGAGGAGGAGCGCGGGCGGGCGCUGGAGGAGGAGGCGGCCGAGCUGCGGGGCCGCGGGGCCGGGCGGCGGGCGCUGGUGGAGCUCUUCGCCCGCGAGGCGCGCGACAUGCGCCAGGCGCUGUCCGACCAGCAGGCCGAGGCCCGCCGCCUCCUCCUCGACCGCGCCCGCCUCAGCCACGAGGCCGAACAGCUCCGCGCGCGCCUCGAGCAGGAGGCCGGCGCCAAGCGGGAGGCCCAGGCCCAGGCCGGCGCCCUCGCCAACGCCGCCCAGCACAGCCGCCGCGCCGCCCAGCAGCUGGGCCUCCAGGCGCGCGCCCUCGAGGAAGAGCGCCAGGCCUGCCUGGCCCAGCACCAGCGCCGCCUCCACCAGGCCAGGCUCCUCCUCCCCAGGGGCGGGGACAAGCCUGGCCACGCCCCGCCCGCCCCAGCCGCAGCAGCAGCAGCAGGCGCCCUCAGCGCCGCCCUCCACGAGCUCCGCGCCCACGUGCUCCACGGCCACGCCCCCCAGGCCCAGCAGCAGGAGCGCUUCCGCGAGCGGCUGGACCAGCUGUCGGAGGUGUCCAAGGUGAGCAUGGAGGCAGUGUGCCGGGCCCAGGAGGAGGUGGCCGAGUCCCGCCGCCAGCUGCAAGCCCGCAGCACGGAGCUGGAGACCCUGCGCAGGAAGAAGGAGACCCUGGAGAGGCAGCGCUUCCACCUGGAAGACCAGCACCAAGGCGACCUCCAGGCCUACCAGGAAACCAUUGCUCAGUUGGAUGAGGAGCUCCAGGGCGCCAAAUGGGAAAUGGCAGCCCAGCUCCGUGAAUACCAGGAGCUGCUGAAUGUCAAGAUGGCUCUGGAUAUCGAGAUUGCCGCUUACAGGAAGCUUCUGGAAGGAGAAGAGUGCCGCCUGGGAUCUGGAGGGGGUUACUUCCCGUUUCCGGAAGGCCUCCCGAGGGGUCUCAUCAAGGUCAAGAGCGAAGAGAAGAUCAAGCUGGUGGAGAAGAUGGAGAAGGAGACUGUGAUUGUGGAAGAGCAGACGGAUGAGAUCCAGGUGACAGAGGAAGUGACCGAGGUGGGAGGAGGAGAGGAAGAAGAAGAAGAGGCUGCUGAGAUGCCACCAAAGAGGACCGAGUCUCCGUCGACAGAGGAAGCCACACCACCCGAGAAGGUGCCUCCAAAGAAGAUGGCGGCCGAGUCUCCGGAGAAACCAAAGGAUGAAGCCAGAUCCCCUCCCAAAGUGAAGUCCCCAACCAAAGAGCCAGCGGCCACCAAAUCUCCCAAGAAGCGGGCCUCCCCGACCAAAGAAGAAGCCAAGUCCCCAACCAAGGAAGGAGAGAAGCCACCAGCCAAGGCCAAGUCUCCAUCCCAGGAGGCCCCAAAGCCAAUGGCGGAGACAUCUCCAUCCAAGGAGGAGAAGGCCAAGACGCCACCAAAGGAGACCAAGGAGGAGAAAGAAGUGCCUACAAAGCCAGAGAGCAAGAAGGGAGAAGCACCGGGACCCGAUGGUCCGACCAAAGAGGUUGAGCAGCAGAAAGAGAAAAAGGAGGAGGAGGGUCAGAAGCAGCAAGCCAAGGCUGAAGAGAAGAAAGAGAAGAGUGAGGAGAACCAGAAGAAGACCUCCAAAGCAGAAGAGCAGAAGACGAAGGAACCCUCUCUCAAGGUCGAGGAGAAGAAAGAGAAGAAUGAGGAGAACCAGAAGAAGGCCUCCAAACCAACGGAGAAGAAAGAGGAAACAGAGGACAAUCAGAAGAAGGCCACCAAAGCAGAAGAGCAGAAGAAGGAACCCUCUAUCAAAGUUGAGGAGAAGAAAGAGAAGAAAGAGGAGAACCAGAAGGCCACCAAACCAAUGCAGGAGAAAAAGAAGGGGCCUUCAGCCAAGGUUGAAGGGAAAAAAGAGAAGAGUGAGGAGAACCAGAAGAAGGCCACCAAACCAGAACCAUCAAUGGAGAAGGAACCUUCAGUCAAGGUUGAAAAGAAAAAGGGUGAGGAAAAGAAAGAGAAGAGUGAGGAUAACCAGAAGAAGGCCUCCAAGCCAGCAGAAGAAAAGAAAGAGAAGAGUGAAGACAACCAGAAGAAGGCCUCCAAACCAGUAGAGGAAAAGAAAGAGAAGAGCGAGGUCAACCAGAAGAAGGCCUCCAAACCAAUAGAGAAGAAAGAGAAAAGUGAAGAGAACCAGAAGGCCUCCAAACCAACAGAGGAGAAUAAAGAAAAGAGUGAGAACCACAAGGCCGCCAAAGCUGAAGAGAAGAAGGACCCUUCUGUCAAGGUUGAGGAGAAGAAAGAGGACCAGAAGGCCAGCAAACCAAUGGAGGAGAAAAAGGAGCCUUCAGCCAAAAUUGAGGAGAAGAAAGACAAGAGUGGGGACAACGAGAAGGCAUCCAUGAAGCCAGAACCAUCAAUGAAGGAGAAGAGCGAAGACAACCAGAAGAAGGCCUCCAAACCAAUGGAGAAGGAGUCUUCAACCAAAGUUGAGCAGAAAGAAGACAACCAGAAGGCCGUCUCCAAACCCACAAAAGAAGUGGAGAAACCAACCAAAAAGCCAGUGGAACCCAAAGAGGCAAAGGCCAAGGAGGAGAAGAAAGACGAGGCAAAGAAGUCACCAGAGAAGCCCAGAAAGGAGACGAGCGCCAAGAAGGCGGAGAAGUCCUCCAACACGGAGCGCAAGGGCCCCGAAAAGGCCAACGGGAAAAACAAGAACGGGAAGUGAGGGGUUUGUGGGGGGUCUCCUCAACGUGGAGGCAUCUCCCUCGGAGACCGGGGGGGGGGGGAGUAUCCUAUUAGCAAUAUGUUUAAUUAGAACGAAAACCUAAUGUUUACGAUGCUUCUGUAGCCGAAUGACGAUUAUAUGCAGAAUGUCACAUUUAACUACGCACUUGAAUUAGAAUUACACGGGAGGGGGGAACGUUAGGGCGAUACUUGACUUGAAUUAAGUGCAUUUAAUUCCCAGGGAGGGGUCGAAACGCAAUAACACGAAUGUUAGGAAAGAGAGAGAGAGAGAGAGAGAGGAGAGGUCGACGUUAGAGAAUCCCAAAAUGCCUUGUCUUCCAUCUUUUGCACACACAUUCAUCCACAUUUGACGAGAAAAGUGAAUGAGUCAGUUCUGGAGAGUAUUAUUCUAUUUGUCUGCUGCUUCUUUUCUUGUAAAAGAGACUGAACCAGUUCUGGGUAUUACCUUGAUUUAUAUUAUUUUUGUAUUAUAUUUAUUUACAUGAUUUAUUGUCUGUUUAUUUACAUGUUGCUUUUUCUUUUUACGAGAAACUUGUAAUGCUAUGAGAAAAGCUAAAUGAGCCAGUUCUGGGUAUUAUCAUAUUACUGUAAUUUAUUGAUAUUAUAUUUAUUUAUAUAUUGUUAUUGUAUUAUGUUUGUUUAUAUGUUGCUUCUUUGAAGAGAUUCAUAAUUUUACUGGAAAAAAUGAAACAAACCAGUUCUGCGUAUUAAUACUAUAUUUUUAUAUUAUAUUUAUUUAUAUGCUGCUUUUUCUUUUACGAGAGACUUGUAAUUUUACAAGAAAAGGCUGAACGAGUCAGUUCUGGGUAUUUAUUUAUGUGCUGCUUUUUCAUGUCUGAAAAAAUGAGCCGGAUCUGGGUAUUUAUGUAUGUAUUAUGAUUGUAUUAUGUUUUUUCCUCUUGUAAAAGAGACUCAGAAUGGCUUUUAGACCCAAUCUGAACGGAGCCACCCCCACUCAGCACUUUAGAAAAAGCUCCGUUUAAAUUUGGACUAAAAUCCGGAGUGGGUUUGGAUCCCUCGUUUCCCAAAAAGAAGCCCUCAGGGAAAAUGUGAUCUUUGGGAACGGGGAGCAGAUUCCGGAUGGUUUGGAACCUCGUGGCCACCGCCAUUUUGCCACCCGCAUUGACACACGAAGCAGAGCUCAGACCGGCACUCCUGGCCAUCCGGACGGUCUCACACACUUGCCUGGUUUGCUUCUGUGCAAUAAGAACAUCCAAUAAAAAUGCUGAACAAGA